GGUCGGGAGGGGAGAAUGGAUCAGAUGCCCCUCUGGAGUAGCCUGCGAGGAGGACCAAACGCCCCGGUGCCUCUGGCUGCUCUGAAGCCGACUGCGAAGGGAAGCUGCGCUCGGCUGGGUCUGGAAAGAGGGAGAAGCCCAGGGAUGCUCCGCGGGGCUCUUUGCAAAGGGGGCUUGCUGGAAGGGAAGGCGCUACGGAGAAGCCCAAAGCUUUGCUGCCUUCUAGCGCUCGGGCGUAUUUUGCCGUCCCUUGCAAGGGGUGGGGGGGAGGGGUGGGGGGCAAGGAAGGACUCUUCAAAAGAGGGUCGCGCAACUCCGCCAAAGGUCUCGAUCCUGCAGGCGGGAAGAGGCUUUCCUUUUGCGGGACUACAAAAGCCAGCAUCCUGUUCCUGCUGGCUGGGAGUCGGAACUUCAGAAGAAGAGUGGGAGGGAGCCUUUGUGUUAGGAUUGGCUCCCUCUUUUCCAGCAAAGGGCCUCUGCUUCUGCCAAGAUACUCUACUUGGUGCUGCAAUUGGCCUGGGGGUGGCAGCGGUGGGCAUCCCGGCUGCCGUUGGCCUUGUGGGUUUCAGUGGCGCAGGAAUUGUGGCUGGUUCCAUUGGCGCCAAGAUGAUGUCUGCAGCUGCCAUUGCAAACGGAGGCGGAGUGGCUGCUGGGGGUGUGGUUGCCACCCUGCAGUCUGUUGGGGCUGCAGGGGUGCCGACUGCUGUGUCAGCAGCGACAACAGCCACAGGAGCAGUGCUGGGAGCCUUAAAGAACAUUUAUGGUUGAGGGGCCAGAGAACAAGCACCCCUUCUCUAGAAUAUUAGCUGACUGUCGAAGGUGUCUAAAAACACCUGCUUGAAGGGGAAAUGGCUGUAUCUUUGUAGAGUCCUUGAAUUGUCUUAGUUUAGCCCGCUUUCUCAUGGACUUGUUCAACUGCUUUUCUUGCUGUAAUAAAAAUACCUUAUUAAUUUU